CGGGCCCCGCCGCCGCGGCUCCGCUCAAUGGGACGGGGCCGGCGGCGGGGCUGAGCUCGGCUGUGCCGUGCCGUGCCGUGGGGAUGUCGCAGGCUCCGCCGGGCGCGGGGCUCCUCAAUGACCUGCCCGACCACUCUCCGCGGGUGCGCGGCGCCGUGUCCGAGCUGCGGCGGCGGGCGGAGGCAGAGCCCGGCCAGCGCUGGCCGCAGCCCCUCUCCGAUGCCUUCCUGGUGCGGUUCCUGCGCGCCCGAGACUUCCACCUGGAGCUGGCCUGGAGGUUAUUGAAGAAUUAUCAGAAGUGGAGAAUCGAAUGCCCAGAAAUAAGUGCAGAUUUACAACCAUCUUCUGUUCUUGGUCUUUUGCAAGCUGGCUAUCACGGAGUCCUAAGAUCAAGAGACCCACAUGGAAGCAAAGUUCUAAUAUACAGAAUUGGACAGUGGGAUCCCAGUUUAUUUACAGCAUAUGAUGUGUUCCGUGUAAGUCUCAUCACAUCUGAACUCAUUGUAAAGGAGAUUGAGACUCAGCGAAAUGGAGUCAAGGCCAUCUUUGACCUUCAAGGGUGGAGAUUUGCUCAUGCUUUUCAAAUCAGUCCAGCAGUGGCCAAGAAAAUUGCUGCUGUUCUCACAGAUUCCUUUCCACUGAAAGUUCGAGGUAUCCACUUGAUUAAUGAGCCUUUAUUCUUCCACCCAGUCUUCGCUCUAAUUAAGCCUUUUCUCACUGAAAAAAUAAAGCAACGGGUGUACAUGCACGGAAAUAACUACUUGCAGAGUCUGACCGAACACUUCCCUGUCAGCAUGCUCCCACAGGAAUAUGGGGGGGAGGAAGUCUCCAUUGAAGAGCUGGCCAAGGAAUGGACUGACUUCAUAAUGGCAUCUUCAGAUUAUCUUCAGAGCAUUUCUCUGGCCUAGGAAUAACCUUAAUAUACAGUAUUUUAUUAAUUCUUGAACACUGGAAUUGGAAAUAAAUUUAAUAUGAAAAUUUCCAUUGUGAAUGAAACCAGUAUGUCUUUGCAGGGCACUCAUUGAAUGUUAUGUUGGCUGCACUUUUAUACUAACUGGAGGCUAUCAGUUUGUAUGUCUGAAGAGAUUAAUGAAUUUUACAUGUUUGUCUCACUGUUUGUUAUUGAGUAACUUGUAUGCCAGAAAGCUGAAGAGUGCAUUGGAAAUCAGAUUGAUACUGCUGCUGUUCGGUCUUUGGAGACAACUCAUCUGUGAUAAUGUAGUCCAGAACCUUACACUUAGCUCUUGAAUCUUGGCUUGUCAAGACAAUACAAAACAAAGAAUAGACUGUGAAUAGGAUAGUUUGUUGCAGAAAUAGGACUACAGAGCUGAUUUACAAGGAGUGAAGAGGCUGCUUUUUUGAUUGAUUCUCAGGGAAAAAAUGCUGUUUUGUUAGUUUGUAUCAAAUUGAAAAUUAGUCAGCAAUAGUGAGACAUUUGUGUUACUCUUUGUGCUGCUUGUGCAUCUUCCCUUUUUGUCCUAAUUAACAGAAUAAUAUUCAAGUUUUAUAGAAAAACAGCACAUACCUAUUCUUCCAAGAACAGUGUGAAUCAGGGGAGGAACUGGUAAAAUAGUCAUAACAACCUUGAAAAUUGUUAUUUUCUUUCUUAAAAGUGAUACUGUCUUUGGACAACUAUAAAAAACUCAGAUUAUUAUCCUUUAAUCUCUAGUAUAGUGGACUACAGAGAUCAAAAGUUUUCAGCUGUUUGCAUUAUCUGUUUGUUUCAGAGGGUAAAGUAGGUUAUCCUUUGCAGAUCUGAACUUUAGAAAUAUCUGUUGUAUUUUUAAGGGUGUUGUAAGGUCACUUGGGACCUCAGAAUAGGAGAUGCUUGGUAUUGUAAUUUUAUUUUCAGUACAGUAACUGUUCUUAACUCUGUUUUGUUUUUGCAUAAGCACUAUAUGUUUAAGCAUUCCAUAUGAAUUUUCCUAUUAAUAAAUCCAUAAAAAAUGCUUUUAUCUCAGGUAGCUAGAAAUUAUAACUUCUGUUAUUUAGUACUCUUUAGGACAUUGGAAUGGUAUCUAGACAUAGGGAAGAGAAAUGAAACUAUCCUAUUAUAUUAGAAAUGCCUUACUUUAGAUUAUGAUUAGUAAGGCGUUAUUGCAAGAGUCAUUGGAAACGAUUCUUUAUUAGCAAGAGGAACAUCUAUGAAAGACCCCUUGGAGUACUUGUUGAUUGUAUUUUCUUCUGCUGUGGUAAGAUUAAUGCCAGAACUUCUUUCAAAACUGACAACAACCUCUUCCAAUUUCUGAAUUUCCUGAAAUGCCUUUUUAAUUUUUCUCUUUCAAAAUAUUUUUGAUAUGGGGCCUAAAUUUAAAGAAACCUUAUUCAGAUAUAUGAUUAUGUGAAGAUGUAUUUCAUAAAUAUUUCUUUUUCUCAGAUUUUGUGAUACUAUUUUGUGAUACACUGUUUUGUGAUACAGAAGAUCCUUAAAUAGACGAGUUCGAUGAACUGCAAAUUCUUCUUUAUAAGAAAAUAGACUAAGUAGUCAGGUAUCUGGCAAUUGUUCAAGUGUGGAACUCAAGUUCCAAGUAAUUUACCAGCUGGAGACCUGAAGCUAUUGUCUUAAUGUUACAGUCCUUCAAUUUUAAUCUGUGAAUGUAAACUGCACUAAGAAAUGAACCAUGUUUCAGUGAACAAGAAAAUUUAAACUUUUCCUAUGAAACCAAUCUCUGAUUGCUACUGGUUUAUGUAGUAGAAACCUCAUUUGAUUGCACAUGUAUAUACAUAUUUAGCUGUGGCAUUUUAAUCUUUAUUUGGACUUCACCAGCUCUAUGAAUAUAAAGUUAUAAGUGGUUUAAAAAAUACCCUGAUCGUGUUAUUAAGUGGUAGGGUGUUUGCAUAACUCAGCAGUUAGAGCACUGAGCGCAGUUAUUUUUUCCUGAACUGUUAAUUAUUUUUUAAUGUUUACAUAUUAUAUAGGAUGUGGGAACUGUUAAUUGCCAUGGCUGCUAAUAAUAAGGACACAAUAUAAUUGGAACAUUUACAUAAUGAAUAGUGAAGAUAUUGGUAUGAUGUGCGGUGGUGUCGCAGCUUUGAGCAGCAGCCAACAAAACAAAAAUCCCUCAGUGCAUUAUUCUUUAAAAACAUCGGGAGUGCCUCUAAAAAAAAAUAAAGUUCCUUUUAAACGGUACAAAUAUAAUUUACUACUGACUGUAAGCGCGAUGUAAUGCACAAUUUUUAAUUUUUUCCCCCGCUCUUUUUAAAUGUAUUAGCAUAUAUUUUAAUUAAUAAAGCCUUUCUGGUUGAA